UUCACGCUGGGUGUAACAGUUAAAUACUUCCUCCUCUCAUGUGAAAAAGUCAUGUGACUCCUAUGGCGAUUUGAACGACGAUAUUGUUUUGGAGAAUUCUUUCAGACGUGAAAGGUUUUUCCACUUUAAUUCAAGCAUUUGCAGAUAUGGCCGAUGACCUGAAGCGGUAUCUCUAUAAACAGCUACCAAGUGUCGAAGGCCUCCACGCAAUCGUUGUGACGGACAGAGAUGGAGUUCCUGUAAUUAAAGUUGCCAAUGACAACGCGCCAGAAUAUGCGCUUCGUCCGGGGUUCCUGUCGACCUUCGCUCUGGCCACUGACCAGGGCAGUAAACUGGGUCUGUCCAAGAACAAGAGCAUCAUCUGCUACUACAACACGUACCAGAUUGUGCAGUUUAACCGGUUGCCAUUGGUGAUCAGCUUCAUUGCGAGCAGUAGUGCCAACACAGGUUUGAUCAUCAGUCUGGAGAAGGAGUUGGUGCCAUUGAUCGAGGAGUUGAGGCAGGUGGUGGAGGUGUCGUAGGAGGAGACCGCUGGGGAUUCUGAGAUCGCUAACCCCUUGGAAUUCUGGGAUUGUACCAAUUUUUGUUCUCAGUUUCUGAGUAUAACUGCAAUCAGCUCCUCAGCAGUCAGUUCUCUCAACCACACACACACACACACACACACACACACACACACACUCACUCUUGCACACAUGCACUCAUGCACACGCAUAUACUCACUCUCGCACACACUCACACGCAUUACCUUUGCUGAUGGGUGGGUUAAAUAAAACGCAUCUAGUGGUGAUUUGUUUUUUCUUUUCCUCAUUUUACUUUUUACAAAGGAACAAGUGCAGCUGUAAUCGAAGCUGCUUUCUCAUUUAAACCUGUUCUCCAAGUUGUGCCCAUUCCCACAAUCUUUCUGAAUCCGUGGCAGGACACCCACACACCUGGCCUAAGUGAUGGUGGUCAACCGUAGCUCAUACCCAGCUCCUCGUGUUUAAUGUGAAAAGAUCUGUCUGCCAACGCUGAUGUGGAGUGUUCUGAUUUGUUAGCUCAUCAAUAUUAAUGAAUGGGCGUGGCCAAAGAUGCCACACUUCCACAGCAACCCAGAGGUCAAAGUUGAGGAGGUGCAGGGAUGGGACUGCAUUGCAGCUGAAUAUCUGGUCUGUUAUAGAAUAUCUGUGCAAUGGUUUCACUCCUUCAUCCAGACUCCAGUAAAUCAGGAUGGUGUCAGCACUGGUCUUGCUUUUGUAUUGUAACAGCCGUGAUAUAUUGCUUAAUAAGAGAUUAUAGGAUAUUUGUGUUGUAUUAUCUAUUGUAUUGCUGAAAUCAAAAUAAAGAAGAAAAAGAAAAUAA